AUGGCUGACGCAUACGACGAAUACGACUACGAUGGCUACGUCGAGGAAGAUGAAAGCAUCACUCCCGAGGAUUGUUGGACGGUGAUCUCAUCAUUCUUCGAGUCCAAGGGUUUGGUUUCGCAGCAGGUGGACUCCUUCGACGAAUUUACAUCUUCCACUGUUCAAGAACUCAUCGAUGAGUAUUCACAAAUCACCCUCGACCAACCGAAUCCCAUGUCGGACAGCGACAAGGUUAUUGCCCUUCGCCGAUACGAGGUCAAGUUUGGGACCGUCAUGGUCUCGCGGCCGUCCAUCACCGAAGCUGAUGGCAAGGUCACGACCCUUCUGCCGUACGAAUGCCGCGACCGAAACCUCACUUAUGCCAGCCCUCUGUACGUCAAAAUUACGAAGAAGGUAUCUAUUGCGGUUGAGAAGCCCAUACCGCUGAACGAGCUCGACGAAGAACAACAAGAAGAGCUUGCCAACACUGGUGAGCAUCCCACCAAGCUCGAAUGGGAGGAAGAGGAGAGUGGAGAGGACUACGGUGCAGACAAGAACAAGUCCGACGAUAUGAAGGACAUGAUCUUCAUCGGGCGCAUGCCCAUUAUGGUGAAGUCAAAGAUUUGUCACUUGAGUAGUGAGCAGGAGGACGAUCUCUUCAUGCUGAACGAAUGUCCGUACGACCAAGGUGGCUAUUUCAUCAUCAACGGCAGUGAGAAGGUUCUUAUUGCCCAAGAGCGAUCUGCGGCAAAUAUCGUCCAAGUUUUCAAGAAAGCCCAGCCAAGUCCCUAUUCGUACACUGCCGAGAUUCGCAGUGCACUUGAGAAGGGUUCACGCCUCAUUUCGAGCAUGAUGUUGAAGCUUUACAGCAAGGGAGACGCUGCGAAGGGCGGAUAUGGUCAGACCAUUCACUGCAGUCUCCCUUACGUCAAGUCCGAUCUGCCAAUCGCUAUUGUCUUUCGAGCGCUGGGAGUGGUGUCCGAUGAGGAUAUUCUAAAUCAUAUUUGCUAUGAUCGAAAUGACAGCCAGAUGCUCGAGAUGCUGCGACCCUGCAUUGAGGAGGCCUUUUGCAUUCAAGACAGGGAGGUUGCUCUCGACUUCAUCGGUAAGCGAGGAAGUAACCAUAACAUUCCGCGCGAGAAGCGUGUGAGGACGGCGAAGGACAUUUUGCAAAAGGAGACUCUGCCGCACAUCUCCCAAAGCGAGGGUAGCGAAACCCGCAAGGCCUUCUUUUUGGGCUAUAUGGUUCACAAAUUGCUUCAAUGCGCUCUUGGACGACGCGACACUGACGACCGCGAUCAUUUUGGCAAGAAGCGCCUCGAUCUUGCUGGUCCUCUGCUUGCCAAAUUGUUCCGCAAUAUCGUUCGCCGCAUGAACCAGGAGCUUUCCGGCCACCUCAAGCGUUGUGUUGAAUCCAACCGACAGUUCAGCCUGACGCUCGGUGUCAAACCCCAAACUCUGUCCAAUGGAUUGAAGUAUUCUUUGGCCACGGGUAACUGGGGAGACCAGAAGAAGGCUGCAAGCUCAACGGCCGGUGUGUCUCAGGUGUUGAAUCGCUACACUUUCGCAUCUACCCUCUCUCAUUUGCGUCGUACGAACACCCCCAUCGGCCGUGAUGGCAAGCUGGCAAAGCCUCGACAACUCCACAAUACUCACUGGGGUCUGGUUUGUCCCGCCGAAACGCCCGAAGGACAAGCUUGUGGUCUCGUGAAGAAUCUUUCGCUCAUGUGCUAUGUCAGUGUCGGCACACCCGCCGAGCCCAUCAUUGACUACAUGAUUCAACGAGGCAUGGAAGUGCUUGAAGAGUAUGAGCCACUGAGAUACCCCAACGCCACCAAGGUUUUCCUCAACGGAGUGUGGGUGGGAGUUCACCAGGACCCUAGAAUUCUCGUACCGGAUGUCCAGGGAACUCGUCGACGAAACGUCAUUUCCCACGAGGUCUCUCUGGUACGUGACAUUCGAGACCGCGAAUUCAAGAUUUUUUCGGAUGCUGGUCGAGUGAUGAGACCGGUGUUCGUCGUGGAACAAAGUCCGACAGGUAUCGUCCCUCAGGGCUCCCUGGUUUUGCAGAAAGGAACAGUCAACGAGAUGCGUGAUCAACAAGAAAACCCGCCCGAUAAUCCAAACGACAAGAUCACCUGGGAAACGUUGGCCCAUAGCGGAGUCAUUGAAUAUCUCGACGCGGAAGAAGAGGAGACGGCCAUGAUCUGUAUGACGCCCGAGGACUUAGAGAUAUACCGACUGCAGAAACAGGGACAAGUCAUUGAAGAAGAUAACGCGGACGACCGAAACCGGCGACUGAAGACAAAGAUCAACCCAACGACGCACAUGUACACGCAUUGCGAAAUUCACCCCAGUAUGCUGCUGGGUAUCUGUGCCAGCAUCAUUCCCUUCCCUGAUCACAACCAGUCUCCUCGUAAUACUUAUCAAUCGGCCAUGGGAAAGCAAGCCAUGGGCUUUUUCCUGACAAACUAUUCUCGCAGGAUGGACACGAUGGCAAACAUCCUGUACUAUCCUCAGAAGCCGCUCGCCACGACCCGCUCUAUGGAAUUCUUGAAGUUCCGAGAGCUUCCUGCCGGUCAAAAUGCCAUCGUCGCCAUUGCUUGCUACUCGGGCUACAACCAGGAAGAUUCCGUGAUUAUGAAUCAGAGCAGCAUCGACCGUGGCCUGUUCAGGAGUCUCUUCUUCAGGUCCUACACGGACUGCGAAAAGCGCGUUGGUAUCAACUUGGUCGAGCAAUUUGAGAAGCCGUUCAGGAGCGACACCCUCCGUCUGAAGCACGGUACCUACGAUAAGCUCGACGACGAUGGUAUUGUUGCACCGGGUGUCCGUGUUUCUGGAGAGGACAUCAUCAUCGGCAAGACGUCCCCAAUCAACCCUGACAACCAGGAGUUAGGCCAGAAAACAACACAGCAUGUCAAGCGUGACGCAUCGACGCCUCUUCGCAGUACAGAGAACGGCAUUGUGGACUCGGUCAUUAUUACGACUAACCAGGAUGGUCUUCGCUACGUCAAGGUCCGUGUCAGGACUACCAAGAUUCCUCAGAUUGGUGACAAGUUUGCGUCCCGCCAUGGUCAGAAGGGUACGAUCGGUGUCACAUAUCGCCAAGAGGACAUGCCAUUCACCGCUGAGGGCAUCACCCCCGACAUCAUCAUCAACCCCCACGCUAUCCCCUCCCGUAUGACUAUUGCUCAUUUGAUCGAGUGUCUGCUAAGCAAGGUGUCAACCUUGAAAGGCAUGGAGGGCGACGCCACACCAUUCACGGACGUGACUGUCGACUCGGUUUCACAACUUCUUCGUGACCAAGGCUACCAAUCAAGAGGCUUUGAGAUCAUGUACCAGGGCCAUACGGGCAGAAAGUUGCGUGCUCAAGUCUUCUUUGGCCCGACCUACUAUCAGCGCUUGCGUCACAUGGUCGACGACAAAAUUCACGCUCGUGCGCGUGGUCCAGUCCAGAUUAUGACUAGACAGCCAGUCGAAGGUCGUGCUCGUGAUGGUGGUCUGCGGUUCGGCGAGAUGGAGCGUGAUUGCAUGAUUGCACACGGUGCUGCGUCUUUCCUUAAGGAAAGAUUAUUCGAAGUUUCCGAUGCUUUCCGAGUCCACGUAUGCGAGAUUUGCGGAUUGAUGACACCCAUUGCAAACCUCUCGAAGCAGUCAUUCGAGUGCCGACCCUGCAAGAAUAAGACCAAGAUUGCGCAAAUCCAUAUUCCCUACGCGGCCAAGCUGCUCUUCCAGGAACUGCAAUCCAUGAACAUUGCAGCGCGCAUGUUCACCAACAGAUCGGGCGUGUCCAUUCGGUAA